AUGGACCGCCCGCCGAAUCUUCGCGUGGUCCUCGCGGCGAUGGCUCUCUUCCUCGCGCCCUUCUCGUACCUCGCGUUCGUGCACUACCCCCUGGCCGCCGAUCUGCGGCGAUCCAUCCUAAUCUGCGGGGCCAUUAGCCUCGGCGGCUUCUUCGUCGUGCUCCGCCUCAUCCCCGUCGCCGCCCGCUACCUCCUCCGCCGCGGGAUGUUCGGCAAGGACAUCAACAAGAAGGGCUUGCCCAUGGGAGAGAUCACAGUGCCUGAGUCACUAGGCAUUGUUGUUGGGAUUGUAUACCUGGUCAUUGCUAUUCUAUUUCAACAUUUCAACUUCACAGCGGAUUCCAUUUGGCUUGUUGAAUAUAAUGCAGCAUUAGCAUCAGUCUGCUUUAUGAUUCUUCUUGGAUUUAUUGACGAUGUUCUUGAUAUUCCAUGGAGAGUGAAACUGCUGCUGCCUACGAUUGCAGCACUUCCUCUGCUUAUGGCGUAUGCUGGUGGUACUUCCAUCAUCAUUCCAAAGCCUCUAGCAUCCUAUGUCGGAGUAGAAGUUCUGGAGUUAGGUUGGAUGUACAAGCUCUUCAUGCUUUUGUUAGCAGUUUUUUGUACAAAUUCAAUCAACAUACAUGCUGGCCUGAAUGGUCUUGAAGUUGGGCAGACAGUUGUCAUAUCUGCUGCGGUUUUGAUACAUAAUGUAAUGCGCAUAGGAUCUUCUAAAGACCUUGAAACUCAGCAAGCUCAUGCAUUCUCUAUUUAUCUUGUCCUGCCUUUCCUGACCACUUCAUUGGCUUUGCUGGGUUUUAACUGGUAUCCUUCAUCUGUUUUUGUUGGUGAUACAUACACCUAUUUUGCUGGGAUGACUUUAGCUGUGGUGGGUAUUUUGGGACAUUUCAGUGAGACAUUAUUGCUCUUCUUUUUACCCCAGGUUCUUAAUUUCUUGUGCUCAGUACCACAGCUCUUCCACUUCGUUCCUUGCCCAAGACAUAGGUUGCCAAGGUUUGAUACUCAAACAGGACUGCUGACAGGCACCAAAGAUGGUAACCUUGUUAACAUAUUCCUUAGGUUGUUUGGGAAGUGCUCAGAGAAGUCCCUUUGCAUAAGGCUUCUUAUAUUUCCAGGCUGUGUCAUGCCUAUUCUGCUUUUGGCUGAGAUACAUGCUUACUGGAUGGUACAAAUGAAUGAUCACCUGAAACAGAACAUCGCGUCGGUUUCCAUGAUACAGUCGAAAUCUGUUCAUCUGACGGCUGCUGCUCUCUCAGAUAUCCGUAUACUAGCAGCAACCCUGAAAAAAGGGGUAUAA